AUGAGAGCUGGUGGAUCUUCUCGUCUCGGUUGUUUCUUCAUCCACAUUCAGGGAGUUCCUUGGUUGCUAUUCCAGUUGAUGGUGAUGCUGAUAUCCACCGCCCCCGUAACACAUUUACCAGCGAGUCAAUUUCCAACCUUUGAUCUUCCAGUCCCGCCCACGAUCGAGGACGCCCACAGCAGUCCUGACGUCGAGGUGAGGGAGGGGGAGGAGGCUAGACUGUCGUGUGGGGCUACAGGCACGCCCACGCCCACGAUCCUCUGGCGAAGGGAAGAUGCACGUCUUAUACGGUUACCUGGACAGCAAGAGCCGAUGUGGAAGGGGAGCACCCUCGUCCUUCCCCACGUGAGGAAGGAGGACAUCGGAGCAUAUCUGUGCAUCGCCAACAACGGGGUUCCUCCUUCGGUUAGCAAGAGGGUUCGACUCAAUGUACGAUUCGAGCCAGUGGUACGGGCGGCUGUUCCUUCGGUCUCCACGCCCCUCGGAGGCUCCGUGAACUUCUCCUGCGUCGUCGAUGGGUGGCCGACGCCCUCCCUGCACUGGAUGAGGGACAGCGGUCAGCCGGUGGUCAGCCCGAAUAAGGUUUACCAGCUGCAGGAUCGGAUACGCGAGGAGCUUGAGAACAGAAACCCCUUCGUGAGCAAGCAUAUAUUUAAGGUCAAUCCCGGUCGAAAAACUCUCCCACAAGGAAGUCAGUGGCGACGCGAUCAGACACAAGAAUCCUUCUCCGAUUCAAACAAUGAAAACCGUUACUUCAAUCUCGUCAGGGAUAUUGACUUUGCUCCGAGAAAAAUUCCACCUUUGAUAGACAAUAUCUCUGAGGCUUUUCUCUUCCUGGUAUUUUAA